UCUUGCGGUCAAUGCUGGUCGAGAAAGCAGCAGCCGGACAUAAUAACGGGAUUCUUGAGAAGUCCGAAAUAUUCACAUCGCUUUGAGGACAGAUACUGUCCGCGAUGUCUAUGCCAUUCGAGGAAGUGCUAGAGCAGGUGGGGAGUUUUGGAAAAUUCCAAUACUUUCUCAUUUUCUACCUGUGUUUCCUCGUGGCUCCGCUGCGUGUGAUUCCUCUAUCUGUGCAUAUCUUCACCUUGUUGGAGCCCCCGCAUUGGUGCCGGAUUCCAGAACUUGAGCGAUUCAACUUUACCGAUCUCGAAAUCCAGAGACUUUCGAUUCCCCGGAUCCACGGAAGUCAGGACCAUUUUGAAAAGUGUGAGAUGUACGAUUACGACUGGGGAAAAUGGAAUCCUCUCCCUUCUCCAAAGUUCAACGAGUCCUCGCCUCGGAUCUCGUGCAUGAGUGGGUAUACAUACGACUUCAGCAACUUCUACCCAACGGUCGUGAGUGAGAAUGAUUGGGUGUGUGGCGACACGUACAAAAAUUACAUUGCCAACUCUGUGUUCUUCGCUUCGAUGUCCGUGGGAGUCCUCAUCUUAGGCCACGUAAGCGACAUAGUUGGACGCGUGCCAGUGAUGUUCGUGACUUACGUCGUGGCGGGUUUGACGGGCAUAACGACCUAUUUCAGUGGAGAGUCUUUCGAAUUGUUCGUAGCCACCCGCUUCGUCAUGGGUUUCGUUCUCCUGUCGAUAAGCAUAACACCGUUCGUGCUCGCCGUUGAAUACGUUCCGAAGGAGCGUCGAAUGCUGGUUCUCUCCGCUUUCCGGUUCGUAUAUCCCGUGGUCGGGGUGAUCGUUCCGUGGAUUGCGAAAGCUUCUGGCUACUGGAGAACCCUACAACUCCUCAACGUGAUUCCUUGCUGUAUAGCGGCACCUUUGAGCUUUUUCAUACCAGAGAGCUCCCGAUGGCUUAUGUCGAAGGGCAAGCUAGACCAGACGAAGAAAAUCCUGCACAAGAUCGCCCGCUGGAAUGGAAAAACACUCCCGCCAAAUGCUCUCGAUGGGCUCGAGCUCCCCGGCGGCGACAAGAGAAAACAGAUUAGCGUCUUUGCGAUCGCGAAGUACCCUCGACUCCGACGCAAUGUGCUCCUCACCCUCUUCUUGUGGCUCAACUCCUGCUUGGUAUACUCUGCUGGUCAGCUAUAUGCGGCGCAGGUGACGCCCUCCCCGUUCUUGACGACAUCUGCCACAAACGGCGUUGACAUCCUCGCUACAGCGGUUGCCAUGCCUCUGGCGGACUACUGGGGACGGAAGCCGUCGAUGAUGAUGUUCUAUAUUCUGUCGGCCAUCUCGUACUUCAUCAUAGGACUCAUUUCCAAUUCUUUCCUAAUCAUGUUCAUCCUCCUGAUGAUCGGCCGCUUCGCCUUGACCAUGGCCUACAAUGUGGGAUAUCUCUACGCGGCAGAAGUUUAUCCGACUGAAGUUCGCUCUCAAGCUCUUUCGGUCAGACAGGCAUUCGGAUCCCUGGGGAAAUUCUUCAGUUCUCAGAUCGUCAUGCUUGCCUACUACGGUCCGUUCGUACCUUUGUUCCUGUUCGGAAUCAUCUCGGGAACAACGGCUGCGAUGGCCCUUCCCCUUCCUGAGACACUGCACCAAGACCUACCGGAAACGCUCGAAGAUGGAGAGAAUCUCAAAGGUUUGCCGCGGUCCUGGAUGUUCGGUUGUCCCGUGAAUCCUGAUCAGGAAGCUCCGGACUCCCCGGCGCGCCGCAGAGGGAGAACCCUGUCGGCUGCGUCCGCGGCUACAGUUGACUCCAUAUCACCGGAAAACUGA